AUGAAGUUGGUGGACGAAGUCGCUGCCUCCAGAAAUGCGGCGGCCAUGGUCGCGAUUGAACCCGCGAUCUCGAGCAACACCAUCGCCACAAAACUACCACGAUGCGCGUCGUGCCAGACAACAGCACAACAAGCAACAACAGCAGCAGCACAGCAGCAGCAGCAGCAGCAGCAGCAGCAGCAGCAGCAGCAGCAGCAGCAGCAGCAGCAGCAGCAGCAGCAGCAGCAGCAGCAGCAGCAGCAGCAGCAGCAGCAGCAGCAGCAGCAGCAGCAGCAGCAGCAGCAGCAGCAGCAGCAGCAGCAGCAGCAGCAGCAGCAGCAGCAGCAGCAGCAGCAGCAGCAGCAGCAGCAGCAGCAGCAGCAGCAGCAGCAGCAGCAGCAGCAGCAGCAGCAGCAGCAGCAGCAGCAGCAGCAGCAGCAGCAGCAGCAGCAGCAGCAGCAGCAGCAGCAGCAGCAGCAGCAGCAGCAGCAGCAGCAGCAGCAGCAGCAGCAGCAGCAG